AUGUGCUUACCACUUAAGUUUAUUCAAUUGUUUAUCAGAAUUAACUGCUUUUGCUUUAUUAUUUUGGGAAUAGUGUUAAUCUCUUAAGUGUUUUUGAAUUUGAAUGAAGAUAUAAGCAAUGAUAGCAACGUAUUCAAUCAAGAAUUAUUCUUAGGGUAUUAUAUAUACAUUUUCUGUUGGACUUGCUGUUGUAAUAGUUGGAGCAUCUGGAUUAUUAAGUUCAUAUUGUCCAAAUUUCUAUAUUAUUGUUAUUUAUUCUUGCUUUAUAAUAUUAAUUGGAGUUUUGACAGCCUAUAUUACAAUCUCAUUAACUAUUUUAAAAGAUUAAUUGUUAAGUAAUAAAUUUGAUUGUAAGACCUCCUAAUUACCAUCUGCUGAAAAAACAAAAGAGUAAAUUUUAUGGGCAGAAAGUUAGUUUUGUAAACAUGACUGUUUAUGUUACAUUGAAAAAAUAUAAGAUUGGAAUUCAGAUUAUUUGGAGAAUAAUAGAAUACAUUAUACAACAAAUUAAUUAAUUAGUGAUAUAACCUAAUAUUAGAAAUGUAAAAAAUGGAUUAGAAUAGAUGGGGCAUCAUAAUCUUAUAUUGCAUUUUUAGAAGAAAAGUAUAAUUGUUCAGGAUGGUGUAAAUCUCAUCCAGUAUACUUAUUUUCCAAUAUCAAUAAUGGAAUCCCGUAUUUAAAUAUUUAAUAUAAGAAAAGAUGCUUGCUAUAAAUAUUUUGA